AUGGGGGCCACAGGUUAUGGAUAUUACCGCACCGUCAUUUUCUCGUCCAUGUUUUUGGGAUACACGUUGUAUUACUUCAACAGGAAAACCUUCUCCUUUGUGAUGCCGUCCGUGAUGGAGGAAAUCAAACUGGAUAAAGACGACCUUGGACUCAUCACCAGUAGCCAGACGUUGGCCUAUGCUAUCAGCAAGUUCAUCAGUGGAGUGCUCUCAGACCAGCUCAGUGCACGCUGGCUCUUUUCCAUUGGGCUCUUCGUGGUGGGCGCCAUCAACGUGUUUUUCUCCUGGUCGUCCACGGUUGCGGUCUUUGCGGCGCUGUGGUUUGUCAACGGUCUGGGCCAAGGAUUGGGCUGGCCACUGUGUGGCAAAGUCCUCAGGAAGUGGUUUGAGCCGUCCCAGUUUGGAACGUGGUGGGCAGUCCUGUCGUGCAGUAUGAAUCUGGCCGGGGGCGCGGGCCCCAUUGUGGCGACUGUGCUCGUUCAGUACUACGACUGGAGGACCAUCCUGGCCAUGUCUGGGGCGGUCUGCAUGGGCAUCGCUUUCACCUGUUUGUUCUUCAUUAAGAACGAGCCCAGCGACGUGGGACUGCCCAACAUUCAGCCCGACGCCAAACAGAGCAAAGGAUCAAAAGGAGCUCCUAACGAUGAGAGCACGCUGAAGGAGUUCCUCCUCUCUCCUUACCUGUGGCUCCUGUCUUUUGGUUACCUGGUGGUGUUUGGGGUGAAGAUAGCAUGCACCGACUGGGGCCAACUCUUUCUCAUGCAGGAGAAGGGCCAGUCUGCACUGAUGGGCAGUUCCUAUAUGAGCGCUCUGGAGGUGGGAGGCUUUGCGGGCAGCUUGGCGGCCGGUUAUCUCUCUGACAAGGCCGUAGCUCGACAGGGACUAGGUAGUCAUGGGAACCCACGCCAUGGCCUCCUCCUCUCCAUGAUGGCUGGGAUGUUUGUGUCAAUGUAUCUCUUCCGGGUCACUAUCACACCAGAGGUCCCAAAGGAGGCCUCUCUCUGGGUAGUGGCUCUUCAUCCAAUAUCUGAACUGAUUGGAGUUUCAGAACAGGAGAUCUGGAUAUUAAUUCUGGGGGCUGUUUUUGGAUUCUCCUCAUAUGGACCAAUCGCGUUGUUUGGCGUGAUAGCCAAUGAGAGCGCUCCCUCUAACUACUGUGGGACAUCACAUGCCAUCGUGGCUCUCAUGGCUAACGUUGGAGCUUUUCUCGCUGGACUUCCAUUCAGCACCAUUGCCAAGCAUUACAGCUGGGACACAGCCUUCUGGGUGGCCGAGGUGACCUGCGCGCUGACUACGGUCGGCUUCUUCCUGCUGCGUAACAUUCGCACCAAAAUGGGCCACGUGCCCAAGAAGACUGAAUGA